AACUAACGUUAGCUACUUGCCCAGGCUUCAACCGACUCCCAUUCCGAUUUAUCCAAAUCUGGAGCCACAAAUUUCUUUACAUUCCCCCUGAAAUUCACUUUAAUCGUAACAGGUAGCCCCAUGGCUGCUUUUUGUGAUUAAAUAAGGAGAAUCAUUGAAGAUUCUAGUGGACAGAACGAGUUCUCGCAUUCGCCAAUCCUCUUGUUUACAUCGUCAGCUGAAAAACACGGUUUCGCAUUCAGUGCAUAAAUAUGCCGCGUUCAAAACAACUGGGAACUCGGAAAUAUCUUCAGUACGUUCACUAUAACCGGGAACUCGAAAAAAAAACGACUGGGAACAGGUGUUUGAACGGUCAUCUAACUCCGCAUUCCAAGUCGAAAACGGGGGUUUCUUUCUAGAAAUCGAUCACCGACGUCACGAUCUGACUUAGUUUUUUUCCUUGUUCCCAUUUGUCUUGAAAGCACCAUUACUGUGCAUGCGUGUUCGUAUGUCAUGUUGUCUCAUGUUGAAUAACUCAUUUUUAGACAACAAUUGUGGCUGACACGUUUAGUCCCAAAUUGAGGACAAUCGUAUUUCUGCCAUUUGUGGAUGAAGAAGAUGAAUUCAAGCCUCAAGGUGGACAAUGAACUUAAUCGUAAGGUCGAUGUUUUCAGACAACGAAUUACUGGGGAGGCGGAGAACCUAGUUGCAAGUUUUUUCCCAAAUAAGUUAUUGGAACUUGACCAUUUUCUCAAGGAUCCCAUUUUAAACAUCUGUGACCUUAAAGAGAUACACUCAGAAAUCAACUUGACAGUGCCAGACCCCAUUCUACUCUCAAACCUCCACGAUGGACUUGAAGCGCAAAGUGCCAAAAAGAGGAAAAUGGAAGAUGGUACUGGGGAGGACAAGGUGGCUGGCACCAAGGUCUUUAUCAUGCCUAGUGGGAUGAUGAAGAGCAACACCAAGCUGGUGGACUUGAUCGAGAAGGUCAAGCCAGAGAUCAGGACACUCAUAGAGAAAUGUAACACGGUAAAAAUGUGGGUUCAGUUGCUUAUCCCAAGAAUAGAAGAUGGCAACAACUUUGGGGUUUCAAUUCAGGAGGAGACAGUAGCUGAACUCCGAACAGUGGAGGGGGAAGCAGCAUCGUACCUCGACCAGAUAUCUGGAUACUACAUCACAAGAGCAAAGCUAGUGUCCAAAAUAGCAAAAUACCCACAUGUGGAGGACUACCGGCGCACAGUGACAGAGAUUGAUGAGAAGAAAUACAUCAGCCUCAAGGUCAUAGUUUCAGAGCUGAGAAAUCAAUACGUAACGCUACACGACAUGAUCUUGAAGAACAUUGACAAGAUCAAGAAGCCUCGGAGCAGCAAUGCUGAAGCAUUGUACUGAGACUGACCCAGCCACACUUCCCGUUCCCUCCUUCUGCCAGCUGUCAAAGUAGCGGAAGAACUAGAGCUAGACCAUCACUACCAGAUCAGUACAAUCCAGGAAACCAUGGUCCCGGUAUCUUUUCAUUUGAUUGGUAAAAUAUGGUCAUUGUUUUAAAAUCCUUAGUAUGUUAUGAGGUCUCUCGACGAACCGUGAGCAAUGGCUCUGGGAAAAGAACGCUAUGUAUUUUUUUAUUAAAUUAAAACCAUUUUGUCCAUGCAUCUCGCUGUCUUUUCUGAAACUUUUGAAAUGGUCCAAGACCACUUUUACUGUUUUGUCUACUGCUUUAUUGAAUGUUCUAUGGUGCGAUGGGAGACCGUCCUAUGUAGGUCACUGCAGAAGUGCUUUUUAGCGGCUGGGUUUUCAAUUACCCUGGUGAUGGUGGUAACGGCUGACUGACUUUAUGCUGAAUAUUAUGGCCUCGAAUCAGAAGAGUUAUUUCAGACUGUCUGUAAAAUUGUUUAGAUUGUUCAAUGAUAAUGAGACAUGACAUUUUAAUGCUGCCAACUCUGAAAAGUGUUUCUUCAACUCAUUUAACUGAAUAAUAAAGAUAUUUUGGAAUGGUUUUACUUCUAAACACUAAUGUUUCAUCAUGAUUUAUAUUCUUCAGAGGUAAGAUAUGCCAAGUAAUACAGACAUCGUUGCACUCAUAUCUGCUCACACAAACCAUUGAUGUAACCUUUUGGUGUGAUUGUACCGACAGAUAUGGCAGCUCUGCUUCUAAGCAAUUGAAAUAAAAUAUAAAAAAAUGG